CAUGGGCCUGUCCCCGCAGAACCGGAACCCCUUGGUGGCCGUGUACUACACCAACCGGGCGCUGUGCUACCUGAAGAUGCAGCAGCACGACAAGGCGCUGGCCGACUGCAAGCGGGCGCUGGAGCUGGACGGGCAGUCGGUGAAGGCUCACUUCUUCCUGGGCCAGUGCCAGAUGGAGAUGGAAAACUACGACGAGGCCAUCGCCAACCUGCAGAGAGCCUACAACCUGGCCAAGGAGCAGCGGCUGAAUUUCGGGGACGACAUCCCCAGCGCGCUGCGCAUCGCCAAGAAGAAACGCUGGAACAGCAUCGAGGAGAAGCGCAUCAACCAGGAGAACGAGCUGCACUCCCACCUCACCAAGCUGAUCGUGGCCGAGAAGGAGAGGGAGCUGGCGGAGUGCCGAAAGACUCAGCAGGAGGAGAACACAGACGAGAGCCGGAGCCGUGUUCAGCUGGCCAGCAUCGAGGCCAAACACGACAAAUACCUGGCAGACAUGGACGAGCUCUUCUCCCAAGUGGAUGAGAAGAGGAAGAAGCGGGACAUCCCUGACUACCUGUGUGGGAAGAUCAGUUUUGAGCUGAUGAGAGAGCCCUGCAUCACGCCCAGCGGGAUCACCUACGACAGGAAGGACAUUGAGGAGCAUCUCCAGGUACUGCUGGGCCAGGGGCAGGGGGCUUUCCCAGGACCUUGCCUGGGUGGGAAGGCAUCUUUUUGCUUAACUCAGGGCUCUGCAGUCUCCCUGGGUUUGCUCCCAGUUACCUGCCCGGGCAGCUCCCUGUGGAGCAGGCGCUGCCGGGCCCUGCCCAAAGCAGAGGCGCCACUUACCGGGAUGCUGCUGCACCCUCUGGCUUUUCCUGGGAAACAACUGCCCCACGGCUGGAAGGGGCUGGUUCCCACCUCCCCUUCCCCACUGGGACUGUGGUUCUUCAAGAACAACCACCUGGGUUAA